AUUAAACUGUUGAAAUUAUUUGAAAGUUCUGGACGCUUGUCUGAAGCUUAUUCAUAUGCAAUUAAUAUAGAAAAAAAUUACAAGUUUCAAAAAGAUAAUGUUGAAUGGUAUGAGACUGUUUCGCAAAUAUGUGAAGCAUAUAAUACUUUAAAUACAGUAAAUUGGGAAUUCUAUUCACGGGUAUUACCUAUCUAUGAACAUGCGGCUUCUUUAUUUAUUAGCGAAUCAAAAAAAAGCAAGCAAAAAACUGUAUCAGAAUGCUAUAAAGUUCUUUUUAGACUUGAUCAGGCUCUAUACAAAGCUAUACAAAUGUCAUCUCCACAGACGGAGUUUUACCGAAGUCUUAUUCAACAUCUAUCCAAUCAGCUGUAUUUUCACUUAGGAAGUGUAAUUAUGAAAUUGGCAAAAAAAGAAAAUUCAACUUCUUGGUGUAAAAGUAAUCAAUUGGCAGCACCAUUAUUUUUAAUGUCCUUAGCGCCUCCGAUUGAUAAACAAACAUUUGAAAGUAUAACAAAUAAAGAGUUUAGUAUGGAACAAAAAUUAAAUGUUGCAUUAUGGGAAUUAGAAGGUACCAGAAGGAUAAUUGAGAGUGGCUUUGUAUUACGUGCUAUGACGGCCAAAGAAGAUGAGCAUUUUAUUGAUAAUGUAAAACUAUUGUGUACUAAUGAUUGGAAAACAACUAACUUUAAGAAAAUAUUUGACGACCCUGAAUAUGCUAAAGGAAUACCAACAUCACAUUUUAUUCAUUAUUCUCCAGAAAAAUUAGUCUACAAUAUUCCAGAACUUAUACAGUAUGCUGUACCUAAACACAUAUUGUCAUUUGAAAUGAGUCGUCCUGGUUCAUUACAUCAUUUAGUUUGGUAUGGAAUACAACUAUUAGAAAAUGAAAAUAAAGGAUGUGGAUUAAGGUUGACUAAGAACACAGURUUUCCAGUUGGCUUUGGAUGUAAAAGUUUUGAUAAAUUACCAUUGGCUACUAAUUCACUUGCAUCCGCCAAUAUUGAGUCAAUAUGCCAAAUAGAUAUGAAUACAUUUUUAUAUGCAACAGUUUUAAGCGUUGCAUCAUUUUUGGAUAACCAAUCACAUAGAAGUGAUCCCAAUGCACCACAGACAUUCCCAUCUGACAUAACUGAUCAAUUUACCACAUCAGAACAAGAAAAUUGGUGGAAAUCAAUGUACAAAAUUUAUUCAAAAAAUGUUGAUGUAAAAUAUGUGUCACAACUAAGAAAAGCCGCUAUUCAAGGAUUAGAGUCUAUUCGAUUAAUUGGAAAUCAUGGAAUUGAUGUUCAGUUAAUGGUGUAUUUGGCAAAAAACUUUGCUAGUCAGGCCAACAAAAUAAUGGAUAACUUUCUUCUAAAAGAGGGACUCGAAAAAAGAGCUUCUCUCUAUUGGGGAAUGGCUAUACAGCUACUUGAACGAAUUAAUGAACGUGGAAUUGAACAUAAGUCAAAAAAUACAUUAUUUGAAUUUUACAGAAAAAAAUUGAAUCCAGGAGAAGUAUUUGAAUUGUUGGAGGAAGGUAAAUUUUAUUUAGCUUGUCAGUUAAUGAACAAAGAACAAAAUGAAGAAGCAAUAGAAGCAUUCAAAAACAUUAAUUCUCCAUAUGCAUCUUUUUACCAAGCAAUGAUUUAUAAAAAAAUGAUAAAGUCUCCUUCAUUUGACACUUCUGCUGAUGAUACAUUAUCAGAUGUAAAUAAUAUGUUUGCGGCAAAAGUCAAAGAGUUACUGAAUAUUACAAAAGAUCGUUUGAAGAAUAAACCUCAUCAUCCAUUGCACUUACAAUUAAAAGAAGAAUUAUUGGAUUUAAAAUUAGACAUUGAUAUGAAUGGGACACUUAAUAGUCAAUCUAAUUUGAACUUAUCUGGAGAGGAUUAUACUGAUACCACAAAUGUAUCAAGAAAACAGUAUAAUAAAUUUGGAGAACGGUCCUUUCUUAAUGUAACUAGUACUCCUGUUAAAUCGCCCCUCACUCCAAUGCGAAGAACUUUAGAUGAAGAAAUUGAUGUCAAAUUAUUGAGUGAAUUAAAAGUAGCCGUACAAUCACAGAAUGUACAGUGUCAAACUUUAGGAUUGCAGUAUUAUAAUAUGAUAGAAACWUUAAAGUCAAUGUCUGAAAAAGUUGAUAAGUUAUUUGAUCAUUUUAACAAUACAAAAGAUUCAAUUUUUGAUAAGAUAAAUGAAUUAUCUCAUAUUGUUUCCACAAAAAUUUCUACAGCUACUACUAGUGAUAAGCCUGAUAUAGACRGUAAACUAAUUGAACGUAUUGACAAAUUAGAAGGAGUUAUGAUUGAAAAACUUAAUGCUAUAAAUGAAAUAAAAACCAGACACGAUGAUUUGUAUGCUGUAUACGCAGAGAAUGGAGAGGAAUUUGAUAAAAUUAAUUAUGAUCAAUCAUCAUGUAUCCAAAAUGCAUUUGAUGAUCAAACUCAAUUGGCUACAAUAAGUUUUCCUACUACUCAAUUGCCAUUUUCGUCUUCUUUACCGUUCCAGCAAUUUGGAUUAUUUAAUCCAACUAGUCAAUCAAACCAAUUUUCAUCGUAUUCAAUGGCUCCUAACCCAAAUGUAAAUAUAACWUCGUCUGACACAUUACCAACUGGACCUCCAGUGUCUCAGCCUCCUCUUAGUGUAAUUAUACCAACACACCAUAUUCUUGGUAGUAGUUUGACUACAUCUGAAGCUCCGUCUUAUCCUUUCAAAUUUAAUAGCCAACUGGUUAAUAGUCAAUCUCAGUCAGUCAUAUCUCAUGGGAUACCUAAUAUUCAGCCAACAUCAUCUUCUGUUGAUGUACAAAGUACUGAUAAAUUUWCAUUUCAAUCUCCUUUAUCAACUUUUAAAGAAAGUUUUGACACUUCAUUAAAUAAGUCUAGAAACUCUGCAACUGAUGAUAGUUAUAAUGAAGAACAUGAUCCAAUACCUGAAUUUCAACCAAUCAUACCAUUGCCUGAUAAAAUUGAAGAAGUUACUGGUGAAGAAAAUGACAUAAUUUUGUUUGAAAGACGUGCUAAGUUAUAUAAGUAUGUUGAAAAGGAAUGGAAAGAAAAAGGUAUUGGCAUUUUGAAAAUAUUAAAAAACAGUGAUACAAACAAAGUUAGAUUGGUAAUGAGGCGAGAACAAGUUCAUAAGGUUUGUGCUAAUCAUUUCUUAUAUGACAAUAUGGAAUUGAAAUCUAAAUCUGAUAAAGCAGUUGUUUGGUCAGCAAAUGAUUUCUCUGAUGCUGUCAAAGUACAAAUUGAAAAUUUAUGUGCAAGAUUUAAAACAGUAGAAGACUGCAAUGAAUUUAUAAGAGUCUUUAAUGAAAACAAACAACCCUGCUCUCAAAAUACUUCAAUAGUUGAUAGUGUUACUGAAAAUUAUAGUGAAUCAGUUCUUGAAGUAAAUAAAGAUUCAAGUUUAAAAUUAUCUUUAGAAAAUGAAAAAUCACUUAAACAUGAAUUAGGUGGUUUCACAUUUAGUUCCCCGCCUAUUAUAAAUGAUAUUUCUACAUCUAAGCAACAAAAUAAAACACCAGAAAAACCAAAAGGUUUAUUCUCUAAUUUGAGCUUUUCAACACCUAUUGGAGAUACAGCAACACCAAGUCUAAAAUCAAUACUAAAAUCUACGAAUUCUGAAACWAUAACUGGUACUAAUGAUAAACAAUCUUUUUCAUUCAAUACAUCGAAAUCUGGAAUAUUUUCUACCGACACUACUCCCAAAUCUACAGAAAAGUCAUUAUUUUCUUUCAAUAAUGUUGAAGGAAAAUCUGGAAUAUUUUCCACUGAGACUACUCCCAAGUCUACAGAUAAAUCACUAUUUUCAUUUAAUAAUGCUGAAGAAAAAUCUGCAAUGUUUACUCCUAAAUUAGAUUUUACAUCUGGGACAUCUGCAACAUCAUACUUUAGUACGCUAGCAAAAAACUCACCCAACUUAGGUUUUACCAACUCUCCCGAUUUUAAAGGUUUCCCAGGUGCUGGUAGCACUAUUUUUAGUGUUAAAACUAAUCCUUCCCCGCACGCCAUUAUUAAAUCAGAAGAUGCCAACAAUGAUUCUUCAAGUCCACAAAAUGAAGAAUCUGAAGAAUUUGUUCCAACUGCUGAAUUUUCUCCAGUUAUACCUUUACCUGAAAAGGUAGAUGUGGUUACUGGUGAAGAAGGACUCAACAUUAUAUUUGACGAUCGUGCAAAACUUCUCAGGUAUGAUUCAAAUACUAAAGAAUGGAAAGAGAAGGGAAUCGGCCAAAUGAAAAUUUUACACAACCCUAAAGAUGAUUAUUAUCAGUUGUUAAUGAGAAGAGAAAUAGUAUUAAAAGUUUGCUGUAACCAAAGAUUGACUGCUGAUUUAGAAUUGAAACCUGUGUCUUCAUCAGAAAAAGCUAUGUCGUGGAUUGGCCAAGAUUAUUCUGAAGGUGAAAGUAAAAAAGAAUUGUUUGCUAUUAGAUUCAAAACUGUUGGACAGCUUCAUGCAUUUAGAGAUAAAUUUAAUGAAGUUAAAAAUAAACUUCAAGAAUUGAAGGAAGUUUCCAGCAGCACAGAAGCUAAAGUAGAAAAACAAUCUAAUAUUAAACUAGAUGUUAGUAAACCAUUACCAAAAUUAAGUGAUCUAGCUCAAUUUAAACCCAAACCUGGUUCUUGGACUUGUGAUGCAUGUUAUCUGUCAAAUGAUGUAAAUACUGUUAAGUGUGUUGCAUGCUUUACUGUAAAACCAGGAGCAAUURUUGAUGAUACUAAUAAAAGUCAGUCAACUACUGGUUUCACAUUUGGACAAACAUCUUUUUCCUCUUCAUUAAAAUUUGGAGAUGCUUUGAGUAAUUCUCAGCCAGGUAUUCCAUUUGUUAUGCCAACAUUUGGAACACCAUCAGCAGUAUCUUUUAGUUCAUUGAGCACAAGCGACCACACAAACACAUUUGGUAUCCCAAUUAAGACUGCUGUCCAUCAAAACAAACCGUUAACAUGGAGAGAAGAAAGUGCUGGAUUAGAAAAAUAUGAUUCUGAUAAGAGUGCUGAAGAAAGUAAUGAAGAAACUGAUGAAACUGACAAUGAGAGUGAUGAAAAUGAUAAACAUAAUUCCGUGUUAGAAGUUGAAAAAAAACAAUUCAUUUCAAACGUUAAAAUUGAAAAGCCUUCAUUUAAAAUUGACAAUUCUUCAACCACCUUAAAAUCAUCUGAAAGUCAAGUUCAAAUAGAAAAACCAUCAUUUUCUACUGAUAGUUCAACUUCUUUAAAGUCAACUGACAAUCAAGUCGUUAUUGAUGACCUGAAGAGAAAUUCAAAUAAUUUUAGCUCGGAGAUUGAUAUAGGAGAGUCCGUAAAAAUUCUUGAUGUUAAAUCACUUAAAGAUGUGGUAUCUCAUACUGAUCAAGAACUUGCUGAAGAAUUAAAACUUCCAUUGUCAUUCUUUCUUUAUAAGUCAAAACCUAAAUGUAAAGGAUGUGUUGGCUGUGAAGAAGAUUCUGAAAAUAUAGAAAAAGUAGAUGAUGAAAUUGUUUCUUCAAAGACUGAUAGUGAAAAAGAAAUUGAAAGAGUGAAGGAACAAGAUGAAGUACCUGUUAGUGUUUCAGAAUCAAAUAUAMCUCCGGUCACAUCAAUAAAUAACAUAUCACAGUCUUUUCAAACUACAUCAUUUCUUUUUGGCAAUAAAUCUUCWACAAACAUUUUUGAUAAAAAUACAUCUGCUGCCCCUAUUUUUGGAUCGAAACCAAUUUUUGGAAACUUCUCUUCGGAUUCUACYAAGACAGACGAUACUAAAUCAACAAGCUUAUUUGGUCUUUCCUCUAAUGUGAAUCCAUCAUCAAUAUUUAGUUCAUUUUGUGCUUMUGGAUCAACAGAGUCACCAAUUACUACUCAAAGUUCAUUGUUUUCUAAAACUGAUGAUAUAAAAUCCAAAACUGAAGGUUUAUUCAACUUCAGUCCUAAAACUGAUAGUCCGUUCAAAUUUGGGACAAUCUCUCAGGAUCCUAAAUCAGUGUUUGGACAAGGUCUUUUUGGUGUUAAAGACAAAAUAACUGUUGAUGAAUGCGCUCCUAAAAUUAAUCCUUGGGCAGGUACCCUUAACCUCAACAAAUCCACAGAUGAGGAGAAAAAUUGUGAAAAAGCCGAAGAAAAUGGUGAUGAAGAAGUUGAUAAUAGCCAUGAUCCWCAUUUCGAACCUAUUAUACCACUUCCUGAUGCUAUCGAAGUAUCAACUGGAGAAGAAAACGAGAAAAUAUUAUUUUGUGAACGUUCAAAAUUAUUCCGUAAAGAUGGCAGUGAAUAUAAAGAAAGAGGUAUUGGUGAAAUGAAAGUAUUGUUUGAUCCAGAAAGGAACACAUACCGUUUUCUAUUUAGAAGAGAAAAGGUAUUUAAAGUUGUAUGCAACCAUUUGAUAACUUCAGAUAUAAAGCUUGUGGCUAUGACAUCUUCAAACAAGGCGUUUUGCUGGCCUUGUAUGAAUACAACUGAAGAUAAUCCUGAGCCACAAAAAGAGAUGUUGGCUGUACGUUUCAAGAAUGAAGAGAUAGCUGGUAAAUUCAAACAAGUKUUUGAUGAUUGUGUAUCAAAAUUAAGUGCAUAAUCAAUGUCCUCUUUUAUGCUAGUUAUUAGACUACCAAGGUUUUUAAUUUGUUAUAGUUUACAUUAUUAAUCAUUAUAUUAUAUGAAAGACAUUUUUUUUUUUUUUAUUUCGUAAAUUAUUUUUUUGGCAAUACAUUUGCUGUCAAUAAGGGUAAAUAUAUUAUAUGUAAUCAGUUCAUAAUGAUUCAAAUUAACCUUAUUAUUUUUAAAGCUAUUACUCUGAUUUUUAAUUUUAAAAUAUACAAAUUAU